AUGCCUCUCUAUCAAAUGCUAUGUAUUACAAAACAUUAUCCAGAAUAUAAACACAUUCGGGAACUCGUACGGCAGUCUGCAAUGCACAUUAUGGCAGUAGGCGGGGUCGUGCGUUCAAUUGAUUCGUGGGGAACUAGAACGCUCCCACAACGAAUGAAACGGCAGGGACCCUAUGUCAGUGUCGGAGACUACUGGACAUUACAUUUCGAUACCAGCCCAGCGACACUAAAAACUCUGAACGGAAUCAUGCGCAGAGACCCACGUGUGCUGCGAUGGACCGUUCUGAAACUAGGCGAUAGAGUAGAGGAUAUUGCAAGGCAGGGUGAACAGAUCAUUAUUGGUCGAUCGAAUGUGGACGACCUCAUCGACUAG